UCUUUAUCCCGUUGCAACUGUCUUGCAUUGCAUUCCGGACAAGGAUCAAAGGGCACCACUCGACACUCAACCGCAACGUGAACAAUCUACAAAAGGCUCUUGAUACCCACCUUUGUUGCCUUGUUCCCUUUCACUCUUACACCAACCAACCAACCAACCAGCCAGCAAGACGAGCAACGGGACAUAUACCUGGAUCUGUUAUCGCCUUUCAACAGAGAUAGAACACAACGAGUCUUGAUAGUCCCGUCCCGCCUGACCGUGACCUGAGCAUCAGCAUCUGCUUGUCGUCGUCUACACCACACACAAAAGGGCCAGCUUCGGCUCAUACCCUCGCCAUCAGAGAUAUAUAUCUUGUCCAUCUCAGGCUUGCUACAUCUCCUGCGUACGACGCGCACCAUUACCCGUCGCAACUCGGACACAAUGUGCACCACCAACGUCUACACCUACGUCUACUCAGACGGCCACAAGGAACAGUCGCGCCAGCCCGUCCUCUGCCACAAGUCGCAGCACGGCCAGCCCUGUCCCAACAACGUCGUCUUCCAGCACCCCAACCAGUUCAUCCAGUACAACGACUCAGCACUGGGCACCUCGCCCAGCUCUCCCUUCGUCAGCCAGUUCCCGCCCACGCCCACAUACAGCCCGCGAUCCGGUACACCAAACUACCGCUCUGGAGACGAGUCAGACCGUUCGCGCCGCAGCAACUCAAGCUCACGGCGCCGCUCUUCCAGCCUCUACAUCAACGGACAAAAGGUGAUUGACCUGGAUCGCCACAAUGCAGGCUCACGGCGCGAGCGCAUCGUCUUGGUCGAAAGCCCGCCCACUCCGCGGACUCCUCCCACUUCCUUCAACUUUCCCAGCACAGCGCCGCCCUCGCCUAAUGCCAGCGCCAACGCUUUCGCCUCUACUUCCAUGUAUGGCUCUUCUCCCCGGGGAUCCGACUCCAGCUUUUCCCGCCGGCCCAUCAUUGUCGAUGAGCGGACGCGACCAGAGCGUGUGGAGCGAGCCGAGCGGGUAGAGCGACCUCGCAUCCAGGUCGAGGUGGUGGAGGCAGUCCCUUCGGGGCGGACUUCCAAGCAUGAUCGUCACUCUUCCACCAGCUCCCGCGACAGCCACGGACGGAGCAGCGCAGAUGACGAGGAGACCAUGCGACGCCGCCGCGAGCGAGAAGAGCGACGGGUCGAGAAGCAGCGGGAGGAAGAGGAAGAGCGACAGCGCCGCAUCCGCCUGCGCAUCGCCAAGGCCAACGCCGAGAUCAACAAGCGGCCCCCGGUGCCGAUGCCUCCCGCGCCCCUGCGCGCCUCGUCUUUCAAGGCCGCAGCCGGCGGCGACGAUGAUGCCAACGUCAAGAAGCUCACAGACAGCGUGCGACGCAUGAGCUUUGAGGAGGAGCGCCGCGAGGAAAAGGCCCGCCUCCUCGCCCGCAAGGACGAGCAGCGCGAGGAGGACGAGGCCCAGCGCCAGCGCCUUGCCGAGCGCAUGAUGCCGAGGCGCCGGUCCACCGUCUCGGCGGGCAGCCGUCGCCACCGGGUGGUGUACGAUGACGGCGCCUACCGAUGGGAGUAAAGGCGAUGAUGCUCCUGGCGCCAUCGCUUCUCCCUUUCCCUCUGUCUCUGUGUCUACAUUGACAUGUUCUCUCUUUCCUUAUACUUGUAUUCCACCUUUCCUUUGUCUUGAUAUGAGCUAUCUAUAUCCUGGAUGACACGAGCAGAUUCCCGAUCCUGCUUGGAGGAGGUCGAAAGAGAAAAAAAGGUCUUUCUUACGACACAAAAAGUAAAAAAGAAAACAAACCACAAAAAAAAAGGGUUUCGCAGGGCACGCGUGUUUGGCAUUUGGUUCAUUACAAGCGAGCGAUGAUUUUCCUCCUCUGUUUCCCUUUGGAGAGGAUUUUCUUGUAUACUAUGACU